AUGGCAGGAUCGGGAGCAGCUGAGCUUCGAACACCAAUUUUCAAUGGAGAAAACUACGAAUUCUGGAGUAUUAGGAUGAAUACUAUUCUGAAAUCGCAUGGUUUGUGGGAUCUGGUCGAGAAUGGGUUCAAUGACUCAGAUCUGAAGAAGGAGAAAGAGGAGGCUAAGGACACUGAGAAGUCUAUGAUGGUUCAGAUUCUAAUGAAGGAUGCUCGUGCACUUGGAUUGAUCCAAAGUGCAGUUUCAUAUCAAUUGUUCCCCAGGAUUGUGAAUGAGGAGACCUCAAAGGGUGCCUGGGAUAUUCCGAAGCUGGAAUUCAGAGGAGAUAAACAGGUAAGAAAUGUUAAAUUGCAAGGGUUGCGUAGGGAAUUUGAAUAUACUCGCAUGAAGGAUAGUGAAUCUCUAUCUGUCUACCUUGUUAGAUUGUUUGAUAUGUUGAAUCAAAUGAAGAGUUAUGGUAAGGAAUUAUCUAGGGAGAGAGUUGUGCAGAAACUGUUGUUUAGUCUGCCAAAAUCAUAUGAUUCUAUAUGCUCUGUGAUAGAACACUCUAAGGAUCUUGAAACUCUGGAAGUUCAAGAGGUGGUUGCCUCCUUGAAGAGCUUUGAGCUCAGAUUGGAUAGGCACACUGAGAACUCUUCAGAAAGGGUCUUUGCUAGUCUGAAUAUUGAAGAAAAGAAGUCUAAGAAUGAAAGUUUUUCUGGAAAUCAGAGUUUUCAGAAAAGUUGGAAGUCUAAUGAUGGAAACAAAGCAGCUUGUAAGCAUUGUGAUAAGCUACAUUAUGGCAAAUGUUGGUUUGAAGGCAAGCUUAAAUGCCAUGGAUGUGGAAAAUUUGGACAUAUGAUCCGAGACUGCAAUGGAAAUAAGAAUGCACAUAAGGUGAAUUAUGCAAAUGAAAUGGAAGAAACUGGUGCUUUGUUUUAUGUGUGUAAUGCUGCAACUGAUGUGAAGGCUACGAUUUUGGUCAUUUGGCGGCUGUCUCUUUUGGGUGGAAGUUUUGGAAAGUUUGGCUUGCCAUCUUUCGCUUCUUCUUCCUCGAGAGAACCAUCUUAUUUUCAUCUAUGA